GUUCAUUUGGACAUCGUCACUUCCUCCUGAGAAUUGAAUGCAAACCGAAGAAAAGUGUGUACGUACUACAAUUGUAUUGCGAACGGAUACUUUACGUAGUCCGCCGAACCAAGAACCAAACCAAAACAAACGGCGACCAUUCCACCUGCAAGUCCAGGUCCCCGCUGCGUCUGCGAUCGCGUUUUCUCAAAGAAAGACGGGGACUCCCCUCUCUUCUGCUUCGACCUUUCUCCCGUCUCUUCCCCUCGGCCGCCACAAAAGACGGCACUCGCACGCCCACACCCACUCACUCACAGUAAACACCCACCACCCCAUCAGCACUUACCCUCCUGAGGUACUCCCCCCCCACAGCGCUUCCGACACUCGGUAGAGACCUGAGAGAGAAAGCCAAAAUUAAAAGAGCCCUGAUAUCAUCCUUUCCGGCUCCGUCCCUCCAUCUCCCCACCUCGCAAAUCGGCUCCAAUACAACACUUCACACCCUCGCCUCGCCUCGCCUUUGUCAAGUACCUACUCACCUACUUACCCCCAGUAAAGGCACUUCGCAUUCCGGCACAAACGAACGGGGUUCACACACACCUUACCGUCUUUUCCAACCUGCUCUUCGGAUACCUGAGCUUGC